GGAGUUUGUCUGUCUUGCCACAGGAACAUUGGGGAUUCUACUGGCGGCAGCUCAGGUAUAAAGAGCCCCAGGUUCGCAGUGUUGAGAAUGUAUCCAAAUCAGAUCAAUCAGUCUUGACAACACUCUCUUGUCUCUUCUUUUUUUCUUCUUUGCUUUCUUUGCUUUCUGGUGGCUUUGCCAACCGUACUUUCACUUGAAUCAAUUGCUUCAUUCAAUCACUUGAAUACAAUCACUUGAGUUCUAUUCAAUCACUUGAGUUCUAUUCAAUCACUUGACUUCUAUUCAGUCACUUGACUUCUAUUCAGUCACUUGAGUUCCAUCCAUACCAAACAUUCACUUCACAAUGGCCUUCACCAAGUUCCUCACUGCCACUGCCGCUUUUGCCCUCGCUGCAUCUGCCCUCCCUACCAACACCUCGCCAAUCGCAGCCAGAUCCUCCGGCUCCUCCAGCGGCGGCGGCGGCGUCAACAUCGUCAACAACCUCGGCCAGACUGUCUAUCUCUGGCCCACCGCCGACGGCGAAAUGCAGACCCUCUCCAGCGGCGGCGACGGCUACUCCCAGUCCUGGAACGGCGAAAGCGUCUCGAUCAAGUUGUCCACAAGCGAGAGCAAAGACAGUGUCUUGCAAUUCGAAUACUCCCUCAAGGGCGAAGACAUCUACUGGGAUCUGUCCUCCAUCAACCUCGACUCGGACUCUGCCUUCGUCAAGUCCGGAUUCGGUGUCACCUCCAGCGACUCCAGCUGCAAGUCGGCUUCCUGCUCCGCUGGGGACUCCAACUGUGCCGAUUCCUACCAGCACCCCGAUGACACCAACACCAACAGCUGCUCGUCGGACGCCACCUUCACUUUCACUUUGGGCUAAGCCUUUCGCUCUCUAUGGUACCUUCCAUGCAACAAGUUGAGAAAUGACAACGAAAACACAGGAGACAGUCAAAGCUGGCUUUGAUUUCCUGAACCGCCUUAUGAAAAC